AUGCCGACUCUCAGGCCGACGCCGGCAAGCGAAAGUCCCGAUCGAGUGUUGGCCAGAGGAAGUCAUACGCAGAACCAGAAAGCAGCGAGGAGGAUCAGCCCUUGGUACGCCAACUCCCGCCGCGCUAGUUCUUCCCUUUUUACCCCAAUUGUUUGCGACUUUCUCGCCGUCGCUAUUUUGUUUCAGCGGCUGACAAUUCGACAGAGCAAGCGCCGUCGCACCUCCGUGAAACAUGAAGAUCCCGAAUCGGACGACGAUGUCCCCCUGGCCCUGAAUGGACGAAAACUCCCCAAGGCCUCGGAGACCGCUAUCGGCGAAGAAUCCGAUUCUGAUGUUCCCAUCGAGAGAAAGCUCGCAUCGGAAAAGAAACGCAUUCAGCAGAAGGGCGAGAAGGCCGCCCAGGCCAGCCGCAAACCGGCCACCCCGAAGGCCACUCCGAAGACGGCGGCCGCCACCAAGAAGCAGGCGAACGGCGUUAAGCGGGAGCCUGCUAGCGAGGAAAAGAAGCCCGCCGCGAAAAAGGCAGCAGCAAAGCCAGUCAAAGCCGAGCCCAAAUCUGCGCAGUCUACUCCUGCGAAGAAGAGCACUGCUGCCAAGCCCGCGAAGGUCGUGAAAAAAGAGGAGAGUGAAGAAGCUGAGGAGGGCGAGGAAGAGGAAUACCGUUGGUGGGAGGAUCCCACCAAGGGUGACGGCACUGUCAAGUGGACCACCCUUGAGCACAACGGCGUUGUGUUCCCUCCUCCCUACGAGCCUCUUCCCAAAGACGUCAAGUUGAAAUACGACGGCAUUCCAGUCACUCUCCAUCCAGAUGCGGAAGAGGUGGCUGGUUUCUUUGGAACCAUGCUGAACUCGACUCAGAAUGUCGAAAACCCCACCUUCCAGAAGAACUUCUUCAUGGAUUUCAAAGACAUUCUCAAAAAAACUGGCGGUGCGAAGGAUCCCAAGGGUAACAAGGUCGAUAUUAAGGAAUUCGCCAAGUGUGACUUCCAACCGAUCUUUGCCUACUACGAUGCGAAGCGUGCCGAGAAGAAGGCUCUUCCUCCAGCCGAGAAAAAGCGAUUGAAAGCAGAGAAGGAUGCCGAAGAGGCACCCUACAUGUACUGCAUGUGGGAUGGCCGCAAGCAAAAAGUGGGCAACUUCCGCGUCGAACCCCCUUCGCUUUUCCGUGGGCGCGGUGAGCACCCCAAGACUGGUCGCGUAAAGUCUCGAGUUCAGCCCGAGCAGAUCACCAUCAAUAUCGGAAAGAAUGCGCCGGUUCCUCCACCUCCCGAAGGUCACCAGUGGAAGGAAGUCAAGCAUGAUCAAGAAGGAACGUGGCUUGCCAUGUGGCAAGAAAACAUCAACGGCAAUUACAAAUACGUCAUGCUUGCAGCCAAUUCCGAUGUGAAGGGCCAAAGUGAUUUCAAGAAGUUCGAGAAAGCCCGUGAGCUGAAGCAUCACAUUGAUCGCAUCCGCAAGGAUUACAAGAAGAACCUCAAGCACGAAUUGAUGGUGGAGCGACAGAAGGCGACUGCUGUCUACCUCAUUGAUCAAUUUGCCCUGCGAGCUGGUAAUGAAAAGGGCGAGGACGAGGCCGAAACUGUCGGUUGCUGUUCCCUGAAGUACGAGAACGUUACUCUCAAGCCGCCAAACAAGGUCGUUUUCGAUUUUCUGGGUAAAGACAGUAUCCGAUUUUACGAUGAAGUCGAAGUCGACCCGCAGGUGUUCAAGAACCUGAAAAUCUUCAAGAAGGCACCCAAGAAGGAGGGUGAUGAAAUUUUCGAUCGAUUGACGACCUCCGCCCUUAACAAGCAUUUGUCGGUCUACAUGCAAGGACUGACUGCCAAGGUCUUUCGUACCUACAACGCUUCUCAUACCAUGUCGACUCUACUCAAGGACAUGAAGGCAACCGGUAACAAUGCCGAGAAGGUCAAGGCGUACAAUGAUGCAAACCGCAAAGUUGCCAUUCUUUGCAACCACAAGAGGACUGUGGGGGCAAACCACGCCGGGCAAAUGGAAAAAAUGAGUGAAAGAAUCAAGGGUCUUCGUUACCAAAGAUGGCGUCUUAAGCAGCAGAUGCUCGACUUGGAACCCAAUCUCAAGAAAAAGAAGGGUGCUAAGUUCUUCGAGAUGGACGAGGACAUUGACAAGGAAUGGGUCAAAGAACACCAGGCCUUCUUGGUUGAAGAACAACGACAGAAAAUCACCAAGAAAUUUGAAAAGGAUAACGAGAAACUAGCUGCCGAGGGUGAGAAGGAAAUGAAGGCCAGCGAACUCGAAAACCGUCUGGAUGCCGCGAAAGAGCUGGAGAAGAAAUUCAGCAAAGAGAACAAGACGGGUAAGGUAGAAGCUGAGGGCAAGGGCCCCACCGUUGAUAAAUUGGAGAACGCCAUCCAGAAACUGGAACAGCGUAUUGAAACCAUGGAGCUCCAGGCUCAGGACAAGGAAGACAACAAGGAAGUUGCCCUUGGAACUUCCAAGAUCAACUACAUUGAUCCUCGUCUUACGGUCGUGUUCAGCAAGAAAUUCGAUGUCCCCAUCGAGAAGUUCUUCUCUAAGGCCUUGCGGGAGAAGUUCGAUUGGGCUAUUAAGUCCGUUGAAGGGGAUUGGGAAUUCUAA